CCUUGAAACACCUCCUCCUCGCGACUGGCCACUGCCCAAAAGGAGAAGACAUGGGAGCACCUCCGUCCAAGGCCAGGGGUCUCUCGAUCCAACUUCAGAAACUGCUGACCUCCUGGCUGACCUCCUGGCCUGAGCAAGACUGGGAUCAGCGUCUGGACGAGAUGUACAUGUUGCAGCAGAAGAAGAUUCGAGAGUCUCCUCUGCUUCGGGCAGCCAAGGACAACGACCUGUGUGUCCUGAAGAAACUUCUGCUGGAUCGAAACUGUGAUUUCCGCCAACGAGGGGCCGUCGGGGAGACGGCACUGCACGUGGCCGCCCUCUAUGACAACCUGGAGGCCGCCAUGGUGCUGAUGGAGGCUGCCCCCGAGCUGGUCAAGGAGCCCGCCAUCUGUGAGCCAUUUGUAGGUCAGACUGCCCUGCACAUAGCGGUCAUGAACCGGAAUGUGAACCUAGUGAAAGCCCUGCUCGCCCACGGGGCCAGCGUCUCUGCAAGGGCCAUAGGCUCCGCCUUUCGCCUCACUCCUCACAACCUCAUCUACUUUGGGGAGCACCCUCUGUCCUUUGCCGCCUGCAUGGGCAGCGAGGAGAUUGUGAGGCUGCUCAUUGAGCACGGUGCUGACAUCCGGGCCCAGGACUCCCUGGGAAACACAGUGUUGCACAUCCUCGUCCUCCAGCCCAACAAAACCUUUGCCUGCCAGAUGUACAACCUGCUGCUGUCCUACGACAGGCGAGGGGACCACCUGCAGUCCCUGGACCUCAUGCUCAAUCACCAGGGCCUCACCCCCUUCAAGCUGGCCGGAGUGGAGGGCAACACUGUGAUGUUCCAACAUCUGAUGCAGAAGCGGAAGUACAUCCAGUGGACAUGCGGGCCACUGACCUCCACUCUCUACGACCUCACAGAGAUUGACUCCUGGGGAGAAGACGUGUCCUUUCUAGAGCUUGUGGUCUCCUCCAAGAAACGGGAGGCUCGUCAGAUCCUGGAGCAGACCCCAGUGAAGCAGCUGGUGAACUUCAAGUGGAGGAAGUACGGGCGGCCUUACUUCUGCAUCCUGGGAGCCUUGUAUGUGCUCUAUAUGAUCUGCUUCACCAUGUGCUGCAUCCACCGUCCUCUCAAGGCCCGCAGUGGCAACCGCACAGAUUCCCGAGACAUCACCAUAUUCCAGCAGAAGCUGCUCCAGGAAGCCUACGUGACUCAGCAGGAUAAAAUCCGGCUGGUGGGGGAGCUGAUGACGGUCCUUGGGUCAGCAAUCAUCCUAUUCCUAGAGAUCCCGGAUAUCUUCAGGGUCGGUUUCUCCCGCUAUUUUGGACAAACUGUCCUUGGGGGGCCAUUCCACGUCAUCACCAUCACCUAUUCCUUCCUGGUGCUGGUGACUAUGGUGAUGCGGCUCACCAACACCAGCGGGGAGGUGGUACCCAUGUCCUUCGCUCUGGUGCUGGGUUGGUGCAGCGUCAUGUACUUUGCACGAGGAUUCCAGAUGCUGGGCCCCUUCACCAUCAUGAUCCAGAAGAUGAUUUUUGGAGACCUGUUGCGUUUCUGCUGGCUGAUGGCUGUGGUAAUCGUGGGAUUUGCCUCAGCGUUCUAUAUCAUUUUCCAGACAGAGGACCCAUCCGCUCUGGGGGAAUUCUAUGACUAUCCCAUGGCGUUGUUCAGCACCUUUGAGCUUUUCCUCACCAUCAUUGAUGGGCCUGCCAACUAUGAUGUGGACUUGCCCUUCAUGUACAGCAUCGUCUACUUUGCCUUCGCCAUCAUCGCCACAUUGCUUAUGAUCAACCUGUUGGUCGCCAUGAUGGGCGACACACACUGGCGGGUGGCCCACGAACAGGACGAGCUCUGGAGGGCCCAGGUUGUGGCCACCACGGUGAUGCUGGAGAGGAAGAUGCCUCGCACCCUGUGGCCGCGCUCUGGCAUCUGUGGGUACAAGUACGGGCUGGGGGACCGCUGGUUCCUGCGAGUUGAGACCAACCAAGACCAGAAUACUUUGCGAGCGCGUCGCUACGUGGAAGCUUUCAAGGGCUCAGACAAGGAGGAAGGACAAGGGCAUCCCCCUGAGAAACGGCCCUCGGUGACUGAAAGCGGGCUUCUAGCCAGAGCCUCCCUGGCCCCCCCGACCCCUUCCCUGUCCCGGACCACCUCUCGAAGCAGCGGCAGUCACCGAGGCUGGGAGAUCAUUCGUCGCAACACCCUGGGACACGUGAAUCUCGGACUGGACCUUGGGGAGGGGGAUGGAGAGGAUCGGGUUUAUCAGUUAUGAUCAGGACCCUUGUUACUCUCGUCCUGACUCCAGGUGGGCCUGGGUGAAGGCAAAGAGAGAGAGAGAGACACUGCUUGUGAAGCAUCCUCCCUUCCUGCCUGUUAACCCUGUGAGGGGUGGACAGAAGAAUUCUCCCAGGCCAUCCAUACCUCACCUGUCACCUCAGCAUUCCCAGGAAUGAGUACCUUCUGGCUUCUUGGAAGUCCCACAUCUUGGGAAAAGAGGGUAUCUGUUCAAGCAGAGUUAGGCUUGGCAACGAAAGACGCCAGGUAGGGAUGCUAGGCCAAAGCCUGGGUCAUCUCCUUUUCUGCCCCACGGGGCACUAGACUGAGCCGUGACAUCUCCCAGGGCUUCAGGAAGCACGAGCCGGGCAUGGCCCUGAGGUUGUAAGCCUCACCUUUUCCUGCACCUCAUAGGACCCCCUCCCCACCUCACAGCCAAACCCACACUAGAAAACUACAAGAAGAACGGUUAUUUAUCCUUCCUUUAUU